CGUUCAAGAUGGCGUCAACGACUACGUUUUUAACCAGCUAACUUUAGCUAGCAAGAUUAUCCAAACUGUCUGUAUCGAAUUAGCGAUAUAUCACUUGUGUGAUCCAUAGUUUAGAUCAACUGUAACACAUUUGUGCCUGAUUCCUUCCCACCCAUCUGUUUUCAAACGCAGGUAACCAGCUAGCUAAUUAACUGGCUAACUGGGCUAGCUAUUUUGUUAGCCUAGCCAAACCAAGUAGCUAGCUGGUAGCUAUUUCACCCACUGUGGUUGGGAUGUACAUAAAGUUAAUAUUAUUUUGGAGAUUGAUAUGGCGCUAAGGGAGUUGAAAGUUUGCCUGCUUGGGGACACUGGAGUAGGAAAAUCAAGCAUUGUCUGGAGGUUUGUUGAAGAUAGCUUUGACCCCAACAUCAAUCCAACAAUUGGGGCAUCGUUCAUGACAAAGACAGUGCAGUAUCAGAAUGAACUGCACAAGUUCCUUAUCUGGGAUACAGCCGGACAGGAGAGGUUUCGGGCCCUGGCUCCAAUGUACUACCGCGGCUCUGCAGCAGCCAUUAUUGUGUAUGACAUCACCAAAGAGGACUCUUUCCAGACGCUGAAGAACUGGGUGAAGGAGUUGCGUCAGCACGGGCCUCCUAACAUCGUCGUAGCGAUCGCCGGAAACAAGUGUGACCUCACCGAUGCCAGAGAGGUCCCAGAGAAAGAUGCCAAGGACUACGCCGAUUCCAUCCACGCCAUCUUCGUGGAAACCAGCGCCAAGAACGCAAUUAACAUUAACGAGGUCUUCAUAGAGAUAAGCCAGAGGAUCCCCAUGUCCGAUCCAGGGGUCGGGGCGGGAAAGGGCUUCAAGCUCCGCCGCCAGCCGUCCGAAACUCGCCGCACCUGCUGCUGACAAGCCCCCCCCCCCCCAAACCGCCAGAAGGGGACAGUCAGGGGGCCGCGCUACCCUGUGUAUAUAUAUAUAUCUACAUCUACACUUCCAUGUAUACACCCCGUCCCCCAUCACCGGCUGCUCGUUCUUCAGCCUCCUUCAUCUGCCUCUCGUCAUCAUGAACACUCCAGAGAAGGUCGCGGAACCUUCCGUGUGUGUGGUGUCCGGCCUGUUCCAGCCUGGGAAAGCUCACAAAGUUCGUCCCAACCAACUCCCCCUCCGACCUACACGCCUCACCUCCCAGACCGCGCCGCCUGUGUGGUGGCACUCCGAUCCAAAGCCACACCAACCUCCCAAAUUUCUUUCUCCUUUUAUUAACCUUAUGAUCAGAACACAGUACAUGUAAUUCUAUUCCUGCUCAGUUACCAUUCACGUCUCGAACGUGUCCUUAUCUUUUCCACAUCCUGCCAUUAUCAGCCAGAAUCCCGCUCUCUCAGGCUUCUCUACUUGGACUGCAGGGAGCACUGUGUUGCCCAGUGUCUUUGCAUCUUUUACAGUAACAGCGUCUGCUUGUAAUUGUGCCAAAAUAAUGGUCUUAAUGUAGUUCUUGAUCAAGUCCAGCUGUUGAAGCUCAAAUGUGUAAGCCCCCCACCCCGGUACCAAACUCACAAACUCAGCGCCAUCCCUUAGUGAGGAACGGGCGAUGCAGCGUGGAAAGGAGCGAGUCCCUGGAUGCGGAGCGGAAAGGAGCGAGUCCCUGGAUGCGGAGCGGAAAGGAGUGAGUCCCUGUGGAUGCGGAGCGGAAAGGAGCGAGUCCCUGUGGAUGCGGAGCGGAAAAGGAGCGAGUCCCUGUGGAUGCGGAGCGGAAAGGAGCGAGUCCCUGGAUGCGGAGCGGAAAGGAGUGAGUCCCUGUGGAUGCGGAGCGGAAAGGAGCGAGUCCCUGUGGAUGCGGAGCAGAAAGAGGAGCGAGUCCCUGUGGAUGCGGAGCAGAAAGAGGAGCGAGUCCCUGUGGAUGCGGAGCGGAAAGGAGCGAGUCCCUGGAUGCGGAGCGGAAAGGAGCGAGUCCCUGGAUGCGGAGCGGAAAGGAGCGAGUCCCUGGAUGCAGAGCGGAAAGGAGCGAGUCCCUGGAUGCGGAGCGGAAAGGAGCGAGUCCCUGGAUGCGGAGCGGAAAGGAGCGAGUCUCUCAGUGUCAGACAUUUCAACCCUGCAUGACCUUUGCACCUGGCAGUUUUCAACAUUCUUUAACAUUUAAUGUUUCCAGAGGGACGCUGUUGGAGAUUGUUUAUACUAACAUAUACUAACGUAUACUAGCGUACACUAACGAAGCGAUGUUUGGUGAUGCCCAUGUUUUUGUCUUUUCAUUGUUGUUUUAAUUGAGUUGUGUCCAGGCUGCCUUGCGCUGUGGGCCACUGUCCUGUUUGAGUGCUGAACAUUAGAGGGAAACUGCAUAUGCAGCCUGAAUCGAUGGAGGCCUCACAAGGUGGUGGACUGUGUCCUUUGAUCUUUGACCACUGCUCUGAGACCGACCCCUGGCACAGUGGCUCUGCUGCUUGUGUUUUGGACUUUCUAUCCAGGCCAGCUUGUAAGAGGACUGACAAGACUGGCAGUUUGCAUGUGCUGGGCAUGAUCGUUUUUCCAUUUUUAAUUUUGGCACCACAGAAGUGAGGGAGUCAGGCUUUGGAAUUCAGUAAAUUAAUUUGGCCCAAAUGUGGUUGAGAACACAGCCAGUAGGAUUACUCCUUUUGGCAGAAUCCAUUUUAGUCCGAAAAAUUUUUAACCAUUCGUGUUCAUUGGAAAUGAUCGCCUGAUGGCUUGCUUUUUUUGUUUUGCAGAAUUAUUGUUUUGCAAGGUUCUGCCACUUCUUUAAGUGUCCCUUAAACAUUUUUAAUCUUUUAAAUUCUAUAACCGAAAAUAUGUUGGCUUGCAUAUCCAGCCAAGAGUGGGUUUCACAAUCUGGCUUUGCGAUGAGAAGGGGAAAAAAAUAAUAAUAAUAAGACUUUCCCAAAGGUCAUUCUCAGAGACUGAAAGGGACCUGCGGCUCUCUCUCCGGCUGGUUACCCGUCCACCGAGCCCUUGUCAGUUACUCUCCGGCUGUGGAAGGCGCUUUUUACCCCGUUCACCUCCAUUUCCAUCCCACUGACUUCACUGCAUGCUGUUGAGGAGCUUUACUUACGGAGAAAUGUAAAUGAAAAAAUAUGUGAAGGAUUUCUGCAAAUUUUCUCCACAUUGAAAUGAGCAGGAAAAUAUGCCCCCCCCCCCCCCAGACCUGCUAUGCUGUAUGCGAUAUGGGAACCUGUUACACCAUCCCAAGAUGGUAGACUAAGGGAAGAACUGUACAUGUGCAUGUUUUAGCAAGUGCAGACCUUUUACCUUGCAUAUUUUUCCUCUGUGGCUGACCACACUUAUGCCCCCCCACCCCCCAAAAAACAAUGGGAAUGCCACUGAGUUCAAUUAGUGAUUUUACAAUCAUACGUUUUAACUGACUUUAACAGAAAACAGCAGGUCUGUUCUGCUUCUAUGUAUCGGAGACUUUAUGUAAACAAAGUCUUUGUUUCCAAACUUUGCCAUGCGGGUGGGUAGCUUAUGGGACCUUCUUUUUCUGGUGAAUUAUUUGGGGAGGUCCAAUUUACAAAGCAAAGUAUAGAAAUGGACGAGUACUGGCAUGAUGUUGAGAUGGGUUCCUGGAUCAACUUUGUCCUUGGUUUUGCAUGUCGAUCCCGAUCACUAAUGAAUGAGAGAUAGAAGAACAACACAGAGAGACGCGGAUUCAGGAAAGGAGGUGAGAAGAUGAGUGUGAAGCCUCAUUGAGCACAUUUUAAUGGGUACAGUGUAUUCACCAGGAGACUGCAGGCACUGUAGUCCUGAUUCCUGGGCUAUAUUAUUGCAGAGGAGCAGACCAGCCCAUAAAGUCGGUCAACCCCCCACCCUCAAACACACACCCGAUCUAACAGAUCACCCGACUGUUGGUAUUUAUGAAGUUGUCUGUGGCUUUACGUCUCCCAUUGUGUUUGUUUUUUAUUCUUCUUUUUACCUUCUUUUCCAUGUUUUUAAUGGCAGUGCCAAGUGCUCUAGUCUGUGGCGGUUCAGGGGUUUAAUGAAGGGGAUUCUUUCUUUUUCCUGAAACAAGUGUAGCCAUUUCUGUGCAAUAUUUUUAAAAUGUCUGGAAAAUAGAAGUACCAAAGUGUGACCACUCUUGGCAUAGGCUGCCGUGCUGAGGAUCCCUUUCCUCUUCCUGUACGGAUUAUCAAUUCCUCUCCAUCACAGACAGACUUGCUGAGAGCCACACAGUUUACUUCAAACUGUAAAGACGCUGGUUGCAAUUUCGAGCGGUGUUCUUGCCAGUAGUAAUGUCUCUGGCAGUUUUUCGAGGCCAGAAUACCGUUUUCCUCACAGUGCAAUGAAAAAUAAAACUCUAAAGCUCUGGUACUUGCAGUUGCACUUUUAAUAUUUGUUUUCCGCUCUGUGUGGGAAGUUGUGUGAAUUGUCCUCUCAUUUGUAUUUGUUCCCUGACAUACUGCCAGGCUGAGCGAGGGACUAAAUCGAGUGUAGAGGGGAUUCACGCUCACUGGCAGUUUAAAUGCCUCUCGGUGAGAAACCUGGGGCCAGAUGUACUAAAGCCUUUCAGCUUUCAGCCCAGGAGUCAUGAGUCGUAUGCGUCACACUGCCGCUGUGCGUGAGUCGAGCUGCUCUUCUCUCCUUAAUGCAUUUAAGGCUGGAUCACGCCAAUAAUGGGUGGAGAUAUAAGUGUAGCUGAUUAUGUAUUCUGUUGAAUUUACUAAAGUUCACAUGAUUAACGAGGGUCGGAUUCUGCAGGAAAUGUCUCUGCCUCUAAAGAGCAGGCCUAAAGCGAGGCACAAGACAGAGACUUGGCUUCGAAAGAUGCACUGAAAUGAUCUUUGCAAGAAGAAUCGCCCCCAGAGCAAGACAACAGUAAUGAUUGCAGCCAAGCAAAAAUUAAGGGUUUGUCACAGAACAUAUUUAGAAAAUCAUUUUUUCAAUUAACCAAUAUUUAAUGUGAAGCAGUGGGAAUUGACUGAAAUAACAUGCUCAACCAGUGUUGAGUGUAAACUAAAUCUGUGUAAACUAAAUGUUGCCGCCAGUAAAAAAAGAAAUGAGUAGACUAAAUGCAAUGAUACACAGCUUUUAAUCGCUUUUGUCCAUUGCGGAAAAAGCAUGUGUUUGUAGGAUAAAUAGUCAAUACAAUCAUCGAAAAGAAACACGGAAUUAAAGGGACUGGCAAAAAAGAGAAAAUCACCUGUGACAAACACUCAGCCAUACAAAUAACGCUUCUGGGAGAAAUACAAGAUGUACUAGAACCUCCCACACAACGUUCCCAUUCUGUUCCAGCAAUAGUCAAGCUCAAGCCACAUUUUGCAUUUAAUUUAAACGACCACGGCUGGAAUAUGUAGGAGAGACCGGGGCAAACCAACACGGGGCAUGUUGAAACAUGGGGAUUUUGCAUAGUAUUAUGGGAUUGUUUCAACUUCUGUAUUAUCGCAACCCCCUUGAGUGCCAGGGCCAUUUGAAAAUUCCAAGAGUUCUUAACAAAUCUGUGUUUUAGCACCCUGAAAGUAAUAUUUGUUUUUCGGUUAACUGAUGAUGUGUGAACGCCAAAUAUACCCAAUUUAAAUAACUGUCUUGUGGGUUAUAAAGCAAGCAUAGAAUGUGACCCAUGCAGCAGUACAACUAGCACAGCAGGGGCAUGUUGGAACACUUUGUGUUCUAAAACCAGACCGUUCAUACCAAUAAAACGUUCUUCUAAAGACAUUGUAAAACUCUCGUCUUGUCUCGGCUGUUUGGUGAAGACUGGGCUUCAACUUGUCCCAGAGCUGUUUCAACUUGCCCUAUAGUCUGGCAUGUUGUAACAGUUUCACUCACUCUCUUCCCAUUGAACUGUAAUUGCCAGGAAUGUCUUAGAACAUUUAAAAAAAAAUUAUUAUUAGGCUAAGAGAAGUUUUUGCUUAAGUGUUUGCUGGUUCCACGGUCUCCCCUACACAUUUUGCUCUGUGCUGGAUGUGCUUUUAUGUGGCAGCCAAUACAUGGAUAUUGGCAGAAGAUAUUCCAAGCAUAAAAUGCAUGUUUUAACUGCACUGUUUAAAAUGUGUCUCACAAAAUGCGGUUCAUUCUCUGGUCACAUAAUGAGCUGUAACCUUCGGACACGAGAUGUUCAUUUCAGGCAGCGUGUGACCACACCAGCACACACUCCUCAAGCCGCAUUUUGCGCUGUGAGCUACAUGUACGUAAAUCUGGCCCCUGGUUUUAACCAUAUUAUUAAAAUGUUUCCUUUCCCACUGUACUUUUGUACCACUGAAUGCAGGUCUUGCACUGUUUGGAGACCUUUAAAGGAAGUAAUUUGACUCGUAGUCCUUUGUCCGGAAAUUGGGAUCGCAUGGUUGUCAUUGUACUUAACACUGAGUCAUAUUUUCCUUUCCACUCUCCUCAAUACCAAGUAAAACAUUUUUUUUUUUUUACUGUAAUACAUCAAACAAUGUUUCUGUUUUUGUUCAUAUUUGGCAGUCAUAAUAAUACAUUGUAUGGUGACUUCAGUAUAGCCCCAACAUAGCAGCUUUGUAAUAUGUAACAGCUUUAUGUCGAGUGUGACGCGAGACCUUUUCACAUUCAGCGCGUCGUGUGAUCCCUGCUGGUGAUUGUUUAGUGACCGGGCCGUAAUCGCCCAUCUUUCAUAAAAAGGUUUCAGAAAAUCGGCAAAUCUUGGGCUGGCCCCGAGAGUGUGCCGGAAGGGCCGCAGUGAUGCACCACAUCCACGUGCACACUUUAACACGACAAUGUGUGAAUAUGAAUUAAUACUUCUUAUUGCUUUAGAUGGUGUGCUAUACUCUGUUAUUUACUUGUAUUAGUUUGCAUUGCAGAAGCACCACAGGUAUACAACUAAGAGUAAUUCUGCAUUUAAAUCUUGUCAUAUUCAGCUUUAAUUUCUUCCAUUUCAUAGUGAUUGUAAACAACCGAAAGCUUGAAACAACUUCACUGUGUAUUUUUGAAUGUGCAAAAGGGAAACGUCAAGCUGUUUACGAAUAAAAUAAUUCAAAAAUCACUA